AAACUACCAGUCCCAUGAUCCCCGGCGUCGUCAGGCAGGAAGAACGUGUGUUAGCAGGGGCUCACACUGAUCCAAGUUAGGAGCUUUCAGCUGCUGGCCUUGGCCCAUCAUGUAAGUGCCUGCCGAGGUUUCUUUGCAGAGCGGUUGCAGAAAUCUCCCCGUUUUCGUUGCGUGCAAUUGAAAGGCCAGCCUUUGCACGGAGAACAAGUUACCCGACGCCCAAAGGCUCCGAGUGCAUGAAGAUCGGGGCUUGUAUUUUGCACCUUUGUUGCAAGCAAGCCCGCUUGAAGCCUCACUGCGAGGGAUAGAUGGAAGGAGGGAGCGACAAGGAAGGCAAAGUCUUUUGUGCUUCCCCUUCCCCCAACCCAAAAGGGGAGAUGUCCGUGCCAAGAGGAGCAGGUAAAAAGAAGCCACCACUCAAGCUUCCAAAAGAGGUGUUUGAGAAAACCCCACCUGCUCCUACACCCCCGAGAGACCUGGACUCAAAAGCCUGUGUUACUAUUGGAGAUAAGAACUUUGUGGUGAAGGCAGAUGAUUUGGAGCAGAUUGGAGAGUUGGGGCGAGGGGCGUAUGGAGUGGUGGACAAGAUGAGACACGUCCCCAGUGGCGUAAUAAUGGCAGUAAAGCGGAUUCGAGCCACAGUAAACACGCAGGAGCAGAAACGGCUGCUAAUGGAUCUGGAUAUCUCGAUGAGAACAGUCGACUGCUUUUACACUGUUACCUUCUAUGGAGCCCUGUUCAGAGAGGGUGAUGUGUGGAUCUGCAUGGAGCUGAUGGACACCUCUCUGGAUAAGUUCUAUAAGCAGGUGCAUGAGAAGGGCAUGACCAUCCCAGAAGACAUCCUGGGCAAGAUCACCGUCUCUAUCGUAAAAGCAUUGGAGCAUCUCCACAGCAACCUGUCAGUGAUACACAGAGAUGUGAAACCCUCUAACGUCCUGAUAAACAUGCAGGGUCAGGUGAAAAUGUGUGAUUUUGGCAUCAGCGGGUACCUUGUGGAUUCAGUGGCAAAGACAAUGGAUGCCGGCUGCAAGCCAUACAUGGCGCCUGAGAGAAUCAACCCAGAGACCAAUCAGAAAGGCUACAAUGUCAAGUCUGAUAUCUGGAGUUUAGGAAUCACAAUGAUCGAGCUGGCCAUUCUGCGGUUUCCCUAUGACUCAUGGGGAACGCCGUUUCAGCAGCUCAAGCAGGUGGUGGAAGAGCCGUCGCCCCAGCUGCCUGCUGACCGCUUCUCAGCUGAGUUUGUGGACUUCACGUCACAAUGCUUAAGGAAGAAUUCCAAAGAGCGGCCAACUUACACAGAACUAAUGCAACAUCCCUUUUUCACCCUCCAUGACUCCAAAGACACCGACGUCGCUAGCUUUGUGAAGAGCAUCCUUGGGGACUGAGACUGUCCCUCUCGGCAAAACUGACGUGUUGCCGCAGGGGGGGAGACGGGACUAUUUCA